AUGGAAAACAAAGAUCGACGAACUGUUGUGAAAACUGCUGGAACUGGUUACCGAGGGGUAAUAACGAGGAAAUUGAAGAUAAUCUUGAAGUACAUCGCCAGUGAUUUUGAUCUCCCUCGUCCUUUUCUUUCAAAGGAGAAGGGUUAUAUAUAUUGUAUACACCAACGUCUAGUUAAAUUGAUGGGACUUCCAGACGAGUAA